UUGGUUAAAAAUGCCUGUCGAUCUAAGUGAGUGGACCGGGCCCCUGGCAUUGACCGAAGUGGAGGACACGCCUGGACAGAUCCUGGUGGUUAAAUACGGCUCGAUUGAAAUAGAUGAGUUGGGAAAAGUGCUUACGCCAACCCAGGUGCAGAACCGACCGACUUCAAUUGCAUGGGAAGGAUGUGAUGCCAGCAAGCUAUACACUCUGGCCCUGACCGACCCAGACGCUCCUAGCAGAAGUGAUCCGAAGUUCAGGGAGUGGCACCACUUCCUGGUGGUUAACAUGAAGGGGAACGACGUGUCCAGCGGCUGCGUCAUGUCUGACUACGUGGGCUCUGGCCCGCCCAAAGGCACAGGCCUCCACAGGUACCUCUGGCUGGUCUACGAGCAGUCCGGCCCUCUCUCCUGCACGGAGCCGGCGCUGACCAACCGAUGCGGAGACAACCGUGGAAAGUUCCGGCUGCAGAGCUUCAGGCAGAAGUACGGUCUCGCGGCCCCCGUGGCGGGCAGUUGCUACCAGGCUGCCUGGGACGACUACGUGCCCAAGCUCUAUGAACAGCUUGCAGGGAAGUAGCCUGGAGCCUGGCCAGCGACACGAAUAUGCAACAUCCAGCACUAGGGGUUCACUAGGAGAACCCCCAUCCCAUCAAGCAGUGGAACAACAAUGUCCCCUCCCGAGGACAACGCCCUAGUCGAAUGCCUUGUUUCUUGUUUACUAAUUUCCACUGUUAAACACGCGGUUCGCAAUAAACUUUGUUUCAGCACUACCAUGGUGACUUCCUUUUUGGGCAGUUGU